GUGUGUGUGUGUGUGUGUGUUCUGCUAAAAAAAAACAUGUUAGCAUGUUCUCACUGUGCAUAGAUUUAGGUGCUGAUAAGCUGCAAAGUCUCAAAGAAACUUCUUACCAUAAAUCAUAUCUAUUGUCCAACAGUGUAUCAACAAUGGUGGUGCUCUUGAUAGGCAGGCCAGCUAGAGCCUUGACUUCAAACUUGACCACCUUUGAUCUGAACCGGCAGUGCCUUAUUACCCACAUGAGUGACCUACCUGACCUAGGUUUGCUGAAGUAUAGUCAUCUCUUAAGCCAGUUUCCAACAUCUUGAGUAGUCUUCCUUCAGGAGUGAAGAUAACCAACCUUUCUUUACUGCUCAUGGUUGUUAUUGCAUGUAAUGAUAAUGUGAACACUUAGUUUUGUCCAAUCAAUUGAUUCCUCUUUUAACUUUUAAGACUUUUGACAGGAUAUCAAUUUGUGUUCCCUUCCUGUCGUAGUUAGAGGCCCUCAAAGGGUUUCUUCAGCUGGUCACAACCGCAUUCAACAGGACCAUCACAUGAUGAAAGAAGAACAGUGUUAGUGUUUCUUUAACUUUCAUCCCCCCCAUAGCCAGUUAUUCCUUUUACGUAAAACAAAAUCAUUGUUUCAUGUCUGUAUUCAAUAUUAACAUUGCUGUCAGUCGUCUGUGAUUGACAACUGAGCAUACAUAAUCUAUUUACAGUCCCUAAUAUGUUUUCAAUCAAAUUAAGAGAAUGUACGUUGUUUAAUCAAUAUAUGAAGUAAAAAGUGGUCAUGACUUAAAAAAUAAAGGGAGAGCAAAUCACAGCCUAACAAAACUUUGAGAAAAAGUGUAACAUCAUAAAUCUUUCAAGUAAAUUAGACUUUUUGACAUUUCGUUGAAUAGGAAAUAAUUGUAUUGUCUUCUGUCUGCUGCCUUGAGAACAUCUGCUGUAAUCUGUGCAACAAGUGGUCAAUUGUAGUCUCUGUGGGUGUGUGAUGGUUAGAUUACUGGUUUGUUGACUAAAGCAGGCUGAUUCAAGGUCAAGACGCAACCUUUCAGGGUCACCUUGUAACCUUCAAAAUCCCAGUGUCAAAACUGGAUCAGAUCACCAUGAAGGCUCAGGUUACUUUAUUUAUACCCGUAGGUAGAUUUGGUUGCAGGGAGAGGCACUUAAUACAACACAGACAAUAUAUAACACAUACAAAGUGCAAAUGAACAGUACAUGGGUAAAAGUGCUGAGGUGCAUAACGUGUGCAGGUAACAAUCGUACAAUUAAUAAAACAAGUUUAUCUGUAUAAAAGAAUAAAUAGUAAAUGAAUAAAGAACCACUGAGAAGCAUGACAGCAGCUUCCCAGCCUGCUAUCUCUCUGUCCCUCCAUGCAAGACCUUUAUGAAAUUACAAGGACCACAUCAAGCAGCAAAGAGGAAAAACACGAUACACACACACACUAUGACUUGUUCCACUCUAUAAUGGCUGCUGGGACAAAGCUGUUCCUAUAGCGCUUUGUUCUGCACUUUGGAACUGAAAGAGGAUGGGACUCAUCGUUUAAGACUGAGCUGAUGAUCCAAUGUAAGAUGUUACUUUAAGAAAUCAAAUUGUACAUGAAAGUUUAUGCAAGAGAGCUUGUUGGGACAUGUUGUGAGAUCAGUGAAUCCAAUCCAAUUUAUAAAGCACAUUUAAAAACAACAAAGAUUGACCAAAGUGCUGAAUGAUCAAACCACAAUGUAACAACAGUCAAUAAAACACAAAGACCAAUGAAAAAACGACGGGACAUAAAAGAGUAGAACGUAAUAUGAUUCUUUUUGUUGUUGUAUUUAGUAUCAUUAUUCAGAUCUCUACCAACCUUGUUUUUUAUUGUUAAAAGACAACAUAUUUGUUGAAUUUAAAUAGUUUAGCUGGUAGCUCAGAUAAUCCCAAUUUGUAGACUUUGCCUCUUCCCAAAUUAACAAGUGAUACCAGGCUUAUACCCUAUCAUGAAGAUAUGUCUAUGAAGACAUUAUGCAGACUAUGAAACAGACACUUGUUUAUCACCAGUUAUUUUUUUUUAAAUGUAAGGGUAACACAGUUUACUUUUCCUGGAAUCCUACAAAAAGUCAUAUAAUAGUUUGCAAAACUUGUUAAAAUGUGAUUUUUUUUUGUGCGCUUUGCUAAUAAAACUGUUUAAAAUAUAUUAAAUGGCUCAAAAAGAUCCCACUGUCCCUCUGUGAAGGCAGGUGUUAUGAAUGUUUCAUGUCUAGAUUUGGGAUAGUUAUACAAUUGGAGAAGUUAUGACAUUUCCGAUAGUCAGUGAACGCAGCACUGGUAUGGUGGGAGAGGCUGGUUUUUGUUGACCGACUCGGAGCUGCGGUUUCGGCUGCGCUGUAGCUGUCACUGGCGAUUCUGGCUAGCUUUGUCAGAGAUAUAGGUGUUUUCAAGAUGUCAGUAAUUUAACUCUCGUCGCAAUUACUGCAGCCACAAGUCGAAGCACACAGAAGAAGUUUGCCAGCAUGUGAAUUUCGUGUUCACAUCAGAGCCCUGCGUCGUUUUUUUUUGUUGUUUUUUUUUUUUUUAGCUAGCAUUAGCUUAAGUUACAAGAUUGACAAACUAGACAGCUAAAGUUCCUCCCGGAGUGAGAGAUGUGCAGCUCCAGGCUCAACACAAGAGAGAGACAACGAAGAAGCUUUCCCAGAUGAUGUGCAACAUGUAAUCGACUAUUAUUUUCCAAGAUGUAUUUCAGCCAUUAAAAAAAAAAAAAAAAGAAGUUGCUCGUUUUUUUUUUUUUAAUCUCCGGGGUGAGUUAUUUGAAGUGGAGAUCUUUUAAAAAAAAAGACAGAAGUGAAGAUCUCUGGGGCGUUUCUGUCCAAAGUGUGAACGCUCGUCCUGCUGUGCUGCAGCGCUGGCCUACGAAGCUAGCAGCAAGCUAGCCAGUUAGCUAGCUAGCUGGACGUCUGGCUCAUCCAUCAUAAAGUUGCCUGUGGUUGAUGGUACCCCUGCCAACCAUGGAAACGGAAACCGACACCUGCCCCACCGUGCACCACAAUGGUACAGCCCAUCGAGAAUUGCAAGCCACACGUCCUGCUGAUGUUCUGAGACUUCAUUUCUACCAUAGCAACCAAGUAGAGGCAAACUGCAGCUUCCUCAGCUACCCACCUGGCGACUAUGUGGCUGAGGAGUUGUGUAUAGAUGCAGCGAAGGCAUGCAGUAUAUCACCUCUGUACUGCAGCCUCUUUGGUCUCUUCCGAGAGAGAGACCGCUUGUGGUUUUCACCCAACCACAUCUUCCAGCUUGAAGAAUCAGCUUCAGAAGAUGUGUUUUUCAGAAUAAGGUACUAUUUCCCUGGCUGGUACAGUGGUGGGGCAGCCAGAGCAUUUCGACACGGGGUCGCCAAAGGGUCAGAAAGCCCUGUCCUUGAUGACUUUGUGAUGUCAUACCUCUUCUGGCAGUGGAGGACUGACUUUGUAAAUGGUUUGGUGAAGAUCCCAAACUCCCAUGAGACUCAGGAAGAGUGCCUGGGCAUGGCGGUCCUGGACAUGACCAGAACGGCCAAGGAGAAACAAACAUCACCGCUCGACAUUUACCACACUAUAAGCUAUAAGUCCUUCUUGCCAAAGGAUGUGAAAGCGCAGAUCCAGGACUGCAACUUCCUGACCCGCAAGCGUAUCCGCUUCCGCUUUAAGCGCUUCAUCCAGCAGUUCAGUCAGUGUCGGACCACGGCACGAGACCUCAAGCUCAAGUACCUCAUCAGCAUGGAGUCCCUGGAGAGGGCCUUCUAUACUGAGACCUUCCAGGUCCGGGAACCGUCCCGUGGACAGCUCAUCAUCCUGGUGGCAGCGGACAGUGGCAUCCAGUGGUGCAGAGAAAAAUUAAAAGAUACUGGCCAGGAGCUACCGACCUUGUGUGACUUUCCUGAUGUCACUGACAUCAGCAUCAAACAGGCCAGCAAGGAGGGUGCUGCAGAGAGCCGUGUGGUCACAAUCAACAAACAAGAUGGCAAGAUUCUGGAGCUGGAAUUCUCCAGCCUGUCUGAAGCCCUCUCCUUUGUGUCCCUCAUCGAUGGCUACUAUCGCCUGACAACAGAUGCACAUCACUACCUUUGUAAAGAAGUAGCUCCUCCUCGGCUUGUGGAGGCCAUCGCUUCACAUUGCCAUGGCUCAAUCUCAAUGGAGUUUGCCAUCAGCCGGCUUCAAAAAAGUGGAAACAAGCGAGGAUUGUACAUUUUGAGAUGUAGCCCAAAAGACUUUAACAAGUAUUUUCUGACUUUCCCUGUUCAGGUGUAUGAUGCAGUUGAAUACAAACACUGUCAGAUCACCAGGUCUGAAAGUGGGGAGUUUAACCUCAGUGGAACCAAAAGAAACUUCAGCAGCCUGCAGGAACUACUAAGCUGCUACCAAAAGGAAACUGUGCGCUCUGAAAGCGUCAUUUUCCAAUUCAGCAAGUGCUGUCCACCUAAAUCCAAAGAAAAGUCUUGCCUCCUGGUGUGCAGGAGCAACAAAGGCUCUGAAGUGCCUCCAUCUCCAUCACUACAUCGACACAACAUUAGUCAGAUGGUGUUUCACAAGAUCAGGAAGGAAGAUCUGGAAUUUAUGGAGAGUUUAGGUCAAGGGACAUUUACAAAGAUCUUCAAAGGGGUCCGUAAAGAGCUGGGAGAUUACGGACUGGUCCACCAGACUGAAGUAGUCAUGAAAGUCCUGCACGAGGCCCACAGGAAUUACUCUGAGUCUUUCUUUGAAGCUGCCAGUAUGAUGAGCCAGUUGUCACAUAAACACCUGAUCCUUAACUACGGCGUGUGUGUCUGCGGAGAAGAAAAUAUCAUGGUGCAGGAGCUUGUGAAGUUUGGGUCUCUGGACACCUACUUGAAGAAAAACAAGAACUUGAUAAACAUCCUAUGGAAGCUGGAGGUGGCCAAGCAGCUGGCCUGGGCCAUGAACUUCUUGGAAGAAAAGAAUCUAGUCCACGGGAAUGUCUGUGCUAAAAACAUUCUUCUGAUCAGAGAGGAUGACCGACGGGCCGGCAACCCCCCCUUCAUUAAACUCAGUGACCCUGGCAUCAGCAUCACGGUCCUGCCGAGAGAAAUUCUGAUUGAGAGGAUCCCGUGGGUGCCCCCUGAGUGUAUCGAAGACCCUGCCAACCUGAGCCUGGCUGCAGACAAGUGGAGCUUUGGCACCACACUAUGGGAGAUCUGCAGUGGUGGGGAGAAACCUUUAGCAACGCUUGACAACUCUAAGAAAACCCUGUUCUAUGAAGACCACCACCAGCUUCCUGCUCCAAAGUGGACAGAGCUGGCUAAUUUGAUCACCAGCUGCAUGGACUACGAGCCCUCGUUCAGACCCUCAUUUCGUGCCAUUAUUCGUGACCUCCACAGCCUCUUCACACCAGACUACGAGCUCAUCGUGGACAGUGACAUCCUGCCCAACAGGACGGCUGGCACAGGCUGGGCGACUGGCGGCUUUGAGAGUCAAGAGCCUGCUCAGUUUGAAGAGAGACACCUCAUAUUCUUACAGCAGCUGGGCAAGGGAAAUUUUGGCAGUGUGGAGAUGUGUCGAUAUGACCCACUUCAGGACAACACCGGAGAGGUGGUGGCUGUGAAGAAACUCCAGCACAGCACUGCAGAGCACUUACGAGACUUUGAGAGAGAGAUCGAGAUCCUCAAAUCUCUGCAGCACGAGAACAUCGUCAAGUACAAAGGAGUUUGCUACAGUGCAGGGCGACGAAAUCUCCGCCUCAUCAUGGAAUAUCUGCCUUUUGGCAGCUUGCGAGAUUACCUCAUGAAAAACAGGGAGAGGAUCGACCACAAGAAGCUUGUGCAUUACACUUCUCAGAUCUGCAAGGGUAUGGAAUACCUGUCGAGUAAGCGGUAUAUCCACAGAGACUUGGCAACGCGAAAUAUCCUCGUGGAAAGCGAACUGAGGGUGAAGAUCGGAGAUUUUGGCCUCACCAAAGUUCUGCCUCAGGAUAAAGAGUACUACAUGGUCAAAGAGCCAGGAGAGAGUCCUAUAUUUUGGUAUGCCCCCGAGUCGUUGACUGAGAGCAAGUUCUCUGUGGCCUCAGAUGUCUGGAGCUUUGGAGUGGUGCUCUAUGAGCUCUUCACCCACAGUGACAAGAACAGCAGCCCUCCUGCAGUUUUCAUGUCCAUGAUGGGAAAUGACAAGCAGGGACAGUUAAUCGUCUAUCACCUCAUCGAGCUCCUCAGAUCAGGCAGCAGGCUGCCUCAACCUCUGGGAUGUCCCACAGAGGUGAAUGAGAUCAUGGAGGAGUGCUGGGAUAACGACCCUGAAUUGCGACCUUCUUUCAAGGAGCUUGCGCUGCGCAUCGACUUGUUCAGGGACAGUAAAGAGUUUUAGACAAAAAAAAAAAAAUCACCAAGUGCCCCGCUCCUUUUCAACCGAGUCGCUCUUAAAGUUAUUGUCUUGUUUGUGACAAAGGGACAAAGGCCAAAAAGAGGUUCUUCUGCUUAGUGCCAGCGUGUGGCUGGAAGAAUGGUGAUUCAAAUCUAGGACCAGAUGAAAGACUACUGCCAAGGUGCCUUUUAAAGAAGGCACUUACAAGCCAUAUCUGCUGCUAAUUCAAUUACAGCAGAAUGGAAAAUUGAAGCUUGGAUGGAAGGAACCAUUGACUGUAAAUGUUGCUGAAAAAAAACAUUCUGUCAAACAUACUGGAUUAAUUUUUAUUUUUUUUAAACAGUUUGUGGAGACUGAGGAGAAUAUUGCCAGGUUCUGAAGCUAGACACUUCUGUCAAAGAAGUCCUCUGUGUGUGUUUAAGUGUAUUUGUGUGUUAGUGAGAGAGAGAGAGGAAGAGUGUGUGAGUUGGUGUUGAGUCCAUACAAACAGCUAGCCGGGCUAGCUUUCAUCAUCCCUUUUCCCUUCUUCUGAAGAGAAAUGGACUAAAUAGUGUUUAGUGUUUUCUAUGUAUGUGUGUAUAUACAAACAGUAUAUUUGUGUACAUAUGUCCAGAAAUUUUUUAUAAUUUUAUAAAAUGAAAAUACAGUGAAAUACUCUAUUUGAACUGCCAGCAAAAAUGUCAGUGUUAAUGAAGUUCAAACAAAGGUGAUUUAAAAAUCUGUUAUUGUUUUUUGUUUUCAUUGUGAGAGGUGUUGUCAACAUUAAACUUGUAUUCCAAAACAAAAUCUGA